AUGUAUCGUGUAAUUUUUGAAUUAUCCAGUACAAUUAUCCACUUCAAAAGAAACGGAACUAUGUCCACCGAAAUCAAGCACGCCAGAUUCCCAAAAGAUGCGCAAACAAGACGGGAAGAGCGCAAUCGAGUACUAACGAUGAAGUACGGUAAACAGCAAAUGAUGUUGAUUCGCAAAAGGAUGAAGAUUGAAAACUGGAUUGAUGCUGAGGUCGCCAAGCUGUUUAACGGGAAUGAGAAUAACGGUGUGGAUAUCGACGUGGACGCGCUUCUUGACCUUGACAGUGUUCCAGCUAAACGCAAAUUUGUAUUUGACAAUCUACAGCGAAGCCAUUGCCCUGCGUCGAUGGACAAGAUAACCAUGUUUUUGGACGAGAUGAUCGAUCAACUGAAUACCCUGUGA